AUGAGGAAAUCACUGGCACAAUGCUUGCAUAAAUCAUCAUUUUUAAGUCAAAGACAAACAAAUCCAGAUGUCACUUAAGAUAAGAAAUUAGGAGUGAGAUUUGCUACCUAAUAUUAAUUGAGUGUUCCUGAAAUCGUGACUAGCGAUCCAAAUUAAUUAGAAUUGAUAAGAAUAAAAGAAAAAUACAAAUGGAAAUGUGAAGAACUUGAUAGAACAAAGUAAGUAAUGGAAGAAGAACAUAAAUCAAUUGAAGAGAGGGCUAAUGUACAUUUGCGUUUAUAUUAAGAAAUUAAAUAAGGGAGAGAAAGAAAUGAGGCUUCUGACAACACAAAUUAAGGAGAAACUUAAUAUAUUAGGAGAACAAGAAUAGAAUUUUAAGGAGAAAGUACUCUUACAAGAAGAGAAGAUGAAGGAGAGGGAAUAAUAAUUAUUGAUUAGCAAAAAAUAAUUAGAAGAAUAACAAAACACAUUAGAAAUUGAAAAAAAUAAAUUGAAGAUUAGAGAGAAAUGCUUACAAGAGAAGGAAUUUAUGGUUGAUUUAAAAUUAAGAGAAGCUGAACAAUAUGUUGAUAAGUUGAAACAUCAAUUACAAAGUGUGAAUUAGAAGGAAAGUAUAUCUAAUUAUAUUAAUAUUAAGAUUACUAUCAUUAAUAAAUUGAUAAAUUGAAUUCUGGAUUACAGACCAUUAUCUAGCAUGAAUUGUCAAUAAAAAACAUUGAAUUUAAUUUGAGCAAAUAGGUUCAAUAAUUAAGAGAAGUAGAACAAAGUUUAAUUGAAUAAUUGCAGAAUUGUAAACAAUAAGAGGAAGUAUUUGAUUAAAGAGAUUUAAACAUUUAAGUGAGCGAAUAAUUAAUCAAACGGAAAUUGGAAUGGGAUAACAAGCAAAUUCAAUCAGCCAAAUUAUCUAAGAUAAACACUGAAAAUUCUAGAAUGGAGAUCUCUAAUUUUGCUCAUUCUGCUUUUUCGCAAAAAUACUGA